AUGGAGAAACAGACAAAAGCCAGCUUAAGUAAGUUUACAGCAGCUAAAAUUAUUACAGUGAAUUCUGACAAGUGGUCCUUUGUUGAAGAAGAAGAAGUGCAGGAGGAGGAAGCAGCUGCAGCAGCCAAGGAAGGGGGAGAGGAUGGAACUGCUGCUUCGAAGCAAAAGGGGGAGGAAGCCCCGUCUCCAACUCCAAGGUCGUCAUGGCUGCUGCCUUGUUUGACGAGGUUGCAACUUGUGGGCUGCCCCAAGCUGAGGGCUCUCCCACCACAGCUUGGACAGCAGGCCACCAACUUGAAGGAGUUCUUUAUAAGAUGCACAAGUUGCUUGAAGACGGUGGAGGACCUCCCAUUCCUCUCUGGUUUCCUUCAAGUUGAAGGAUGUGAAGGCCUGGAGAGGAUCUCCAACCUUCCCCAAGUGAGAGAGCUGUUUGUAAAUGAAUGCCUGAAUUUGAGGCAUGUCGAGGAGUUGGGUGGUUUGGAGUGGCUAUUGCUGGAAAAAGGUAUGCAGGAGAUCUCUCAGCUGUGGAUCCCUGGGCUUCCGGAGCAACACCGCCAGCUCCAUGGAGAUGAGCAUGAGCUGGAGGUCAACGAGUGGCUCUGAGAGGUCAAUGAUUUGUGUGUUUCUUCUUCUUCUUCUUCUUCUUGUAGGUGUGUAGGUAACUCCGCCUAUGUCACUUGAGGUGUUUAAUGA